AUGCGCAGCUUCUCCCCGCCCUUUCAGCCUCGGCUUCCACUCCCGCCUCUCUUGAACCGGUCAUUCCUCGCAACUAUGAGCAGCCGAAGCACCACGAUUGCUUUCCUCUUCAUCGCCACCCUUCUCGUGUUCCAAUGUGUAUCCGCUCAAUUGAGCGAUGAGGAGACGAGCUUCCUCGACCAGUACCAACGAGUCGCCCGUGCUCCAAAACCAAAGUUCAUCCGAUUCGGACGCGCUGGUGCCAAGUUCAUCCGCUUUGGACGAUCUGGAGCUAACACUUGGGAAGAUGGAUAUGCGGCGGCGGCCCCAUCGGUCAACGACCUCUACGUCAAACGUGGAGCCAAGUUCAUCCGUUUCGGCUAA